UGUGUCCCCACUUGCCAGCUAUGAGGCAAAGGUGUCAGGAACAGGUGGUGCCAGUUGCUUCCUCUGUCCCCUGGACUCCUGGGAAGAUGGGCUGGGCAGGAAGCAGGCUCGGUGCUUUAAGAUUCUGCCCUGGAGAAGCUGGCAGAGGUGUGAUGGAUGUGGCCUGGCUGGGGGUUAUGAUGCCUGGAUGGCCUCAUCUCUAGGGAACUGGAGGCAGGAAGAGGAAGUGGGGCAGGAAGGUUGCACUGAGCUCUAAGGCCACGCCAGGAAACUGAGGGAGGCUCCAAGAAUGGGACAGAGCUCAGAGCCCACUUCCUAGCAUGCAGGGCAAGGGAUCAGCCAGGGCUAGGGGUGGGCUUCCAGUUGGCCUCUAGCACUUGGGGAGAAGAGGAAACUCCUGAAAUGAAGGCUGAGGCCAGGAUAAUUUACUGAGGGGUACUGGAAAACUCUGGCACUCUCAUAGGCUCAUCUGAGGCAAAUCGUGAAUCAGAGCCCAGGGAAGGUACAUUGACCUUUCUCCCCUACCCGUCUCCUAGCCCCAUCCCUCUGUUUCUUUCAGUCUUGCCCCUUUCUCUGCCCCCAGCGCUUUCCCUUCCUUCUUCCACCCCCUUCCCUCCUUGGUCUUUCUUCCUUGUCCUCCUCUGAUUCAUUCAAUCAACAAGUAUUUCUUGGGCAUUUCUUCUGUGCCAGUCAUGGUGGCAGGUAUAGGUGAUAGAGCAGGAACAAAGAGUGAUGGGAAAGAUGACAACUGAAUGGGUAAGAGCUUGAAUUCAUUCAUCUUCUGGAUGGUCCUCUCGUAUGCACUGUCCAGUGAAUGUGGGUUUUGAACCAUGGGCUUCCCUCGUGUGCGCACCAGUGGAACUGGCAGCAUCAGAAGGUCUGGGGAGUCUUUACUAGCCAGCUAAAGUAUUUGACCUCCCUGUACUUGCAUUCACUUUAGCACAGUGGUUAAGAAUGUGAUUCUUGGAGUUUACAGUGUAUUGGUUCAACUCCCAGAUCGUCUAGUUACUGCCUCUGUGACCUUGGACAGAUGGUUUAACCCCUCUGAGCCUCAGUUUCUUAUAAAACUGGGAGAACAGCAUGCCUUCAGUGGGUUGUGAGGAUUAAAUAAGAUACGGAGGACAAACAGCAGGCAGUGCUUAGCUCUGUGUCCAUUGAAUGGUGGCCGUUAUUACUGUCAGGAUGUACAGCCUUCUCAGCAGCCUGUAGUGCUUGAUGGAAAUACUCGAUGCAGGUAAUCAAAGGCCCCUGUAAAGUUAGAGACAAUUAAGCACACAGGUUUGCAAUAAGGAAGAACUUGCUUGGCUGUGUAUUUUGUAAAAAUAUCUAAGAGGUUUUAAUGAUCACACAUAUUGUGUAGUUCUUGAGAUCUGACUGCUAAGAAAAAAACAUCAGUGAGGGAAGAUUGGGCUCCAUUAAUGACAAUAGCUCUUGUUUAUUGAGCACUUAGUAUGCGACAGGUAUUGUGACAAGCACUUUGUUUGUAACAUGUCACGGGCCCUAGCUAACAUUAUGGUAGAUAUUAUUCUUGUCACCACUUUACGGACGAGGCAGUGGAGGAUCAGAAAGGUCAUGUAGUGGACGAGUGGCAGAGGCAAGAUUUGAAGGAACCCAGGGCUGCAAUGCUGAGCCCUCGUUCUUAACUCUCAGCUCAGGUAAGUGCUGAGUAGGAAGGAGCUGAUACACCCCUUUGCUGCCCCAGUCCUCUGACUAGAACAACGGUGACAGCUGGAAUAGGGGUUCUUGGGCACUAGCCAAGAAAGAAAGGAGACGGGAGAGUUACAACAGGGAGGUUUGGGAAAGCUUGGUUUUCAGAGGCACCUAGGGUAUUUGGCCUGGAGAAACCGGAGAUGUUUGAGGGUUGAAGGCAGGAUAUUCUGUACAGAGGGCUAACGGUCUAUCAAGAACAUUUCCUGUGUCACUGCCACCCCCUGUCUACCAACCAUGCUGAUGCUCCCCCUCCACUGCACAGCCUCAGCCCUGCAGACCCCAAGCAGGGCUGGCAAGUGCCCCUCCCACCCAUCCUUCCUCUCUAUGCUCUUUGCUCCCCACUACCUGGCAACCCCACACCCCUGCUGGUGGCAUUUGUCCGCCUCUUCUGGCUGUUCUCUCUGCCUGGGGGUUUUCUCACUGCCGUCUACCACCAAUAGAGAAAUUAUUCUGAAGCCCCUCUCCAGUGUCCCCCACUUGGCUCAGAAGUCUACACUAGGUCGUGCAGGGAAAGAGUUGGAACGGUGCCAGCGGCAGGCGGACGAGGUGACGGAAAUCAUGCUCAACAACUUCGACAAGGUCCUGGAGCGCGAUGGAAAACUGGCAGAGCUGGAGCAGCGUUCUGACCAACUCCUGGACAUGAGCUCAGCCUUCAGCAAGACAACCAAGACCCUGGCCCAGAAGAAGAGCUGGGAGAACAUCCGAUGCCGGAUCUACUUGGGGCUGGUGGUGGGUGGCGGCCUGCUCGUCAUCCUGAUUGUGCUCCUGGCCAUGUUUCUCCCACAGAGCAGUGAGGACAGCAGUGCCCCACAGGCCCAGGAUGCAGGCGCUGCCUCAGGGCCUGGGGACUGACCCAGCUGGGCCUGAGGAGAGGCCGAUGGCCAUACUGGCUGGUUCUGGUCUCCAGAGAACCCUGGUGUUUGCUCCCACCUGAGCCACCCAACUGAGUGCUGAAGAGCAUCCCUGAUGUGUGCACCUUUGCAUCUCCUAUCACGCCACAGACUGGCCCUUGAGGGCAGCCUGCUGCACUGGCCAUGCCAGGCCAGCCCCACCUGGAGCUCAGUAAAAGCUGCUGUUUGGUUAAAAGCUGCUGUUUGGCUAAAA